AUGUGGAUUUUUGCUCAUAAAGAAAAUGUUGAUGGUUCUUUUGAGAGACAUAAGGCUCGUCUUGUAGGUGAUGGAAAAACUCAGCAGGUUGGCAUGGAUUGUGGAGAGACUUUCAGUCCAGUUGUCAAACCAGAUACCAUUAGGACUGUUCUUAGCUUAGCUCUAUCUAAGCAUUGGUCUAUUAAUCAGCUAGAUGUCAAAAACGCCUUUUUGCAUGGAGAAUUGAAAGAGACGGCAUACAGUAUAAGCCCUUGGGAUAUCGAGAUGCUACUCAUCCUGAUCAUCACAUCUAAUCACUCCUUGUUUAUAUAUCGUCACGGUAAUUCUAUGGCAUACUUGUUGUUAUAUGUUGAUGAUAUUGUUUUGACAGCUUCUUCAGAUACUCUACUACGAUCCAUUAUCACUAAACUCAGCUCUAAAUUUGCUAUGAAAGAUAUGGGUGCUCUCAGUUAUUUUUUGGGUAUUGCUGUUAACCGUCAUGCAUGUGGCCUCUUUCUUUCUCAGCAAAAGUAUGCCACUGAGAUCAUUGAACGUGCCGGAAUGUCUGCUUGCAAGACCUCUUCUACUCCUGUGGAUACUAAGCCUAAAUUGAGUUCCACCUCCAGUGCUCCUUAUGCUGAUCCUUCAUUGUAUCGCAGUCUUGCUGGUGCUCUUCAGUAUCUCACCUUCACCAGACCUUAUAUUUCCUAUGCUGUCCAACAGUUGUGUUUAUACAUGCAUGAUCCACGUGAUGCUCACAUGCAUGCAUUGAAGCGCAUUGUGCGCUACUUACAGGGUACUCUAGAUCAUGGUUUACAUCUCUACCCCUCCUCUAUCUCCAAGCUCAUUGCCUACACCGAUGCCGAUUGGGGAGAAUGUCCCGACACAUGCCGUUCCACAUCUAGUUACUACAUUUUUCUUGGUGAUAACUUACUAUCUUGGUCGGCAAAGCGCCAACCAACUCUUUCUCGAUCUAGUGCUGAGGCCGAGUAUCGUGGUGUGGCCAAUGUGGUUUCCGAGUCUUGUUAG